UAGAAGAACAAACAAUGAUGCUUUAAGCCGAUAGGUAGUUGGCCCUUAAUAAGAGUCAAGAGAUAUGUUUUCUCUAUCGUGUCCAAUUUUAAUUCAAAUAUCAAAAGAAUAAAAUAAGCUGACUGCUAAAUUAGAAUAUUUCUGAGUCAACAAACAGGAAGGAAGGAAGAAGUGCAUCAUCUUGCUCUAAUCACUACUAUAAGAAUCAGUACAUUUCUGAGUCAACAAGCAGGAAAAUUGUUAUUGCAUUUUCUACUUUUAUUAAUGGCUUCCUCUCCUUCCAGGUUAUGUGCUUACUUACCAGUUAGCUCUAUGAUAUCCUUUUUAGUAGACAAAUUUGGACCAACUGCUUCUUCUCGAGCCUGAAUUGCUAGUUAUAUUAUAACAUACAGGCGAUGGAGCUAAAGUUUUAACUUCUUUGGUUUCAGACUAUAAGGGCUACAAACUAAUAACUCGUAAAAUGAUGCACAUUUCUUAUUGUAAAAGUAUAUAACAUAUACUGGGACCUUAACUAUAAGCUUAAGUUUUUGAUUGAUUUGGUUUCUUGAUAUGGUAUCAGAGGCCGACCUGACUAAAGGUCAUGGGUUCGAAUCUCAAUCACCCCUUAUUUAAAGUUGAAUAUUCAACGCCUACGCGUAUCCACACCUCUAGCCCAAUGAGCUUUCGUGUGAGAAGGCGUGUUAGCGUAUAUAACAUAUCCUGGGACCUCAACCAUUAGCUUAAGCUUUUGGUUGAGUUGGUUAUUUACCUUGAGUUGCAAUCAUGUUAAUGAUGUUUGCUAUAAAGAGUUAAUGAGAAACUAACCUCUUUCUUCUUACUAUCUAUAUGGGCUAGGGUGCGUAUAUUCACCCUUUUGAAACUUUGUUUAAGUGGGAGCAACAUAAUGACAUUGAGAUUUGGGGGACAAGUUGAUAUAGAUCUCAAUGAAGUCGGGAGGAAACAAGCUGUUGUUGUUGCUGAGCGCCUAGCAAGGGAACCCAAGAUAUCGGCCAUAUACUCAUCUGAUUUGAAAAGGGCUCUUGAGACGGCUCAAACCAUAGCAUCCAAAUGUUUUGGUCUUGAGGUUGUUAUUGAUAAGGAUCUACGCGAAAGACAUAUAGGGGAUCUUCAAGGACUAGUAUUUAGUGAAGCAUCUAAGAUUAACCCUAUAGCUUUUGAAGCUUUGAUGUCUAAUUCAGAGCAUCAACAAAUUCCGGGCGGUGGUGAAAGUCGCAACCAGCUAUUCGAAAGAUGCACGUCUUCACUGCAAAGAAUUGCAAAAAAAAAUAAAGGAGCACGAGUCGUAGUAGUGACUCAUGGGGCCGUCAUAGAGAUGCUGUACAAGCGAGCGAUACGAGGAGGGAAAGCGGGAGGGGUAUGGAAUACAUCUAUAAGUAUAUUUGAGUUGUCUGAUGGAGACAAAUGGUGUAUCAAAUUAUGGAAUGAUAUCAGUCAUCUAAAAGAAUCAGAAUAUCUGGAAUCUGCUUCUGGUGGAAGUGCUUCUACAUGAUGUUUAAAUUCUCGAAUCGAUGGCACCAUUGGUGCUCGCUUUUCACCUAUUGGGUUGCUAUCCUACGUUUUUUAAUAGCUAAACUUUCCCGAAAAGAUCAUUGGAUCAACAUCUUUAAAAGAGUCAGGUCUAAACGGGCUUUAACCUGACUUGCUCAUUUAAAUUUUGUUCAAUCAUUACUUUCUUAAUUGUACGUUCUAAAUUUCUAAAAUUUUAACUAUAUAUUUGAGAAGGGCUAUGAUAAUAAUUGAUUUAGACUUAAUUUA